AUGUCAGGCAAGCGUCUGCUAGACGCCCUCCAAUUCCUCAAUGUGUCCAAAACGGUGGCAGCCAAACACCUGGCCAUUCGGCAACAUCAACUAGAUAUCUACACGCGCACAUCCUCCCUGACCAAGGGCAUCAAAGCCCAAACAGAGGGGCUGAUCCUGACCGCUCAAGCCGCCGCCGCAUUGGCACGCCGAUUUGACGAACCUUCGCAACCACCUUCGCCGAGCCCGGCAGACUUCCCCGAGUCGACGGCCGAUAAGCCGCCCGCCAGCACUGCAACAUCACCACCUCCCGACCUCGCCCACAAACUGCAGCGUCAGGCCGAAUCGCAGAUCCCGGCUUCCGCGGCAACAUACAGCGGCAAUGAGAAGUCGAGCGCUCUGGAUGUGAACGAGCAGCAGGAUGUCUUCUAUGAGCCAUCGCUCCGGUCGGAGCUGAAUCUCUCGGGACUCCCGAGAGUGAAGGUACCCAAGGUCGCAGGCGAUGCUCAAGUUGGUAGUGAUGGAUUGAAUGCGGAUGUCUUCCACUCGUCUGUUGAAUCAAAAAAGCCUGCUCCGGUCGAGCAGGAGAUGUCCGAGGAGAUGAUCCAGGGUCUUUUCCACAGCCCGAGAGUGUCGCGCAUGAUCUCCGGAAAGCCACCGCCGAAGAGGGACUGGAAGCUGGCCGCGAAGCCUCAGCAGCCGACCGUGAAUGUUGCUAAGCCCAUCUCCGCGGCUCCGAAAUCUGAGACCAAGGAGAUGGAGGAGCUUGCGGCCAGUGUCGCUGAAGACGUGGUGCCCAGUGCGGCCACCAUCGGCGAGCCCAAGAAACAACAAGCAUACCAAAUGCUGGAGUCGCGUGUGCCGUCCUCUCGACUGGGCAGACUGUGGCAGUACGGUGGUCUGGCGACCUCGAUGGCUUUUGGCGCUGUCGGGGAAGGUUUACGGCGGGCCACUGGCAGCCAGGACAAUGGGUCGAUUAUGUUCAGUGCUGGUAACAUGGAGCGAAUGGUAGCUAAGCUAUCAAAAAUGCGCGGCGCAGCUCUCAAGCUGGGACAGAUGCUGAGCAUCCAAGACUCCAACAUGCUCCCCGAACAAAUCCAGCAAGUCCUCCAACGCGUGCAAGACCGAGCAGACUACAUGCCCGCCUGGCAGCGCGACAAGGUCCUUACUGACAACCUCGGACCCAACUGGCGUGACCUCUUCACCACCUUCAACGAGGUACCUAUGGCAGCAGCCUCAAUCGGCCAAGUGCACUCAGCCGUCUUGAAAAGCACCGGUCAACCUGUCGCCGUAAAAGUUCAAUACCCAGGCGUCGCCGACUCAAUCGACAGCGACCUAAACAACCUCUCAAUUCUCCUAACAGCCUCUCGCCUCCUCCCCAAGGGCUUGUUCCUCGACAAAACAAUCGCGAACGCGCGCACUGAGCUCGCCUGGGAAUGCGACUACAUCCGCGAAGCCGAAGGCGCCAACCGCUUCCGCGAGCUCCUAGCCGACGAUCCGGUGUUCGUCGUCCCAGAGAUAAUCGCCCACGCCUCAGGCAAACAAGUCCUCACAAUGGAAAUGCUAGACGGCGUAGCCGUAACCAAAGUAACCGACUUCACACAAACCCAACGCGACUGGAUCGGCACACAAAUAAUGCGCCUCUGCCUCCGCGAGAUCGCCGAGUUCCACUACAUGCAAACCGACCCGAACUGGACAAACUUCCUCUACAACGCGUCAACAAACAAACUCGAACUCCUAGACUUUGGCGCCUCCCGCGCCUACCCGGAAGAGUUCAUAACAACCUACGUGCGCACUCUAAUUGCCGCCUCCCGCAACGAUCGCCAAACCUGCCACGACCUCUCCAUCGAGCUGGGGUACCUGACAGGAAUGGAAUCGCAAGCGAUGGUGGACGCGCACGUGAGCUCGAUUACAACGAUCGCGGAGCCGUUCAUGCUUUCCUCGCCGGAUUUGUACGACUUCAGUAACCAGACGAUCACGGACCGCGUGCGCGAGUUCAUUCCCGUUAUGAUUCGGGAACGGCUAGCACCGCCGCCUGAGGAGACGUACUCGCUGCAUCGCAAGCUGAGUGGAGCUUUCUUGCUUUGUGCGAGACUUGGCAGCUCGGUGCCUUGUAAGGCGUUGUUUAUUGAGGCUGUUGAGGCGGCGCGGCGAAAUGGCUUGAAGGUGGAGUAG